AUGUUUAGCAAAUUCUUCAAAUAAUAAACAGAUUUUGAGAAAGCUCUAUUAAAUAGUUCAAUUUUAAAUAACAAACCUUUUCUCAAUAUUGGUGAUUUAAAAAAACUCAUGUAAGGAUUUCCUUAAGAAUAAUAAUUGAUUUGCCGUACUCCAUAACCUAUUAAGAGAACCUUUUAGAAAUUCUUUUAGUCUUUACCAGAUAAGAUAUCAUAUAGAGUAAAACUUAAAAUUUUGGCAACCUGUCAUGUACUUUUGGAUGAUUUCUUACAUGGUGAAUAGUUUUCUGAAUCUCUUCUCGAUUGGGAUGGAUUUCGUUAUAAGUAAACCUAAGCAAAAUAGGUUGUAGGGAGAAGAACCAAGACAAAGAGAAGUUCAUUAUGAUGUAUUUUGAAAUGUUGCAAAGAUUCGCCAAUGGUCUACACUUACUAAAAAUGGCCAAAUCAUAAAGAACUUAUACUUUAGAUAGUAAUCUUACUUUAUAUUUAAGGUUUUAUAGAAAAUUAAUCUAAUUAUUAUAAAGCAAUCAAUCUAUUAACUGUUAUUUUUACUUACACAUCAGUAUUUUAUAUACAUUAUUCAUCAUUUAGAUAAUCAAAUCAGCAUUAGAAAAACAUUAAGAAGAUAUUAUAGGAGAAAUUGUUUUACUUAUGUGGAAUGAUGUUAUUGCAAUCUACUUAUUUUUUGAAAAGUUCUUAUUAUAUUUUUAUUAUUAAUAGGAUAAUUAUGCAAUUUAUUUUGGAUUUUUAAACUUUGUAAGCUUCUAUAUUCUUUUAAGUAUUAGAAUUGAUUCCAGAUUUUAUCAAAUUAACUUAAUAAAUAUAAUUAUUUUAUAAGUUGAAUGAUCAUUUUUAAGAAGAAAAAUAAUUUACUGAACCAUAAUGGAAAAUUUUAGAUUCAAAAAUGUUAGAUGAAUUAGAAUAAUUUAAAUAAAGAUUAAAAAUAUAAUCAGCAAGGGGUAGAUUAGUUAAGAAUAAAAGUAAAGCAUCAUUUAGUACUUAAUUAUUAUCACCAUAACAUUAAUCUUCUGGAUCAUUUCUAUUCGGAAAUACAACCUUAGGUUAUGUAAAAAGAUUAUCAACAGUUGAGGAUCCUUUUGAAAAUAGUGAUGAAGUGUCCAAAAAAUAUAAAAUUAUGAUUAAAUGA